AUGGAGUUUGAAGUGCACUAUCAGUCACUGUGGGAUUGGGCUUCUGAUCUUUUGAAGGAUACCAGUGUGGGGCUGUAUUUUGUAUUUGAUGCUCAGCGCCUAUCAAAUUUUGAUGGCUCCUCAUUUUUUCAUUUCAUUGAUGAACCAUGGAUAGCUGACAAUUUUUGGAAUGUACAAAGUGACUUUCCACCUGAUGGCAAGGUUCUGGCAUUCAUCUUGUACACUGAUAAAGCCAAACUAUUGUCAUUUGGUCAACAAAAAGGGUAUCCAGUUGUUGUGCAACUUGCUAACCUCCCCACUUGGAUCUGGAACAGUGAAGGCUUAGGUGGUGGCCAGGUAGUUGGGUGGCUACUAAUUGUAAAUGAAGACAAGAGGUAUUCUGGAAAGACAUCUUUUGCCAACUUCAAGAAUCUCAUUUGGCAUGAAUUGUUCAAGGAGAUUCUGGACACCAUUUCAGUCUACUUGAAAAAUGGCUGUUGGGUAACAUGUUGGGAUGGUGUCCCACAUCAACUUUUCCCUACCAUACUAAUUCUUUCUGCUGAUUAUGAAGAGCAAGCAGUCAUGGCACUCAUAUGUGGUGUCAUGUCACAUCACCCUUGUCUGGUUUGUCUCAUUCAUCAGAAUGAGAUAUCGAAAUUCCCCAUGAACUGUGAACUUUGUAUGAGCAAGAAUGCUUCCAAGACUUUACAGGAGGUGUGGUCCCAGAACCAAGUGGAUGAAAAAGAACAAAUUCUAAUCAAGCAAGGACUACAUGAUGUAGAUAGUGCCUUUCAUGCAGUCACAAACAUGGACAUUUAUCACACAUUGUGUUGGGAUUGUUUGGUGAUCAUCUGUGGGGAGAGCUUCUGA